AAAAUGGCUGUGUUAAUAGUGUCUAUCCAACCUUCGUUGUUUCCCGUUCUUUUACAUCACCGGAGUUCCCGACAGCGUUUCUUACAUCCCAUACAAACAGUUUACUGUGCCGGAAUAUAAUUGACACUGAAUGUUACUGAUAGUUGCUGGAAAGUUUACAUCAUGUUUUCUUCGGAUUCAGAAUUAAUUUUCACAGGGUCAGAUGAGGAACAAUAUUUUGAUUUCAUUACCGGGGCGGCCGGCCUUUUGGCAGUGGCCGGAGUCGGAGUGGCUGCAGCUUCUGCGUACAAUUGGAUCAACAAACCUAAACCAUCACAGUUGCCUUUCGAGUUGGACAACCAGACUUUAGUCGAGGGCCCAGAAUUUAUCCAUUACUCCCAUUUCUCUAAACAAGGAAAUGCAAUCAAGUUAAUUAGCUACAUCUACGAGGAUGCCAAGACCCUCUACGAUGGCUUCCGGCGCGGAGUGCGAGUCUCUAACAACGGACCCUGUUUGGGAUGGAGAGAGGGCCCGACCGACGAGUACCAAUGGCUCAACUACCAAGAAAGUUUGUUGCGUGCUCAAAAUUUCGGCUCCGGUUUAGUGGCCCUUGGUCUUCGACCUGGUCCCGAGACUCUGGUUGGCAUCUACUGUCAGAAUUGCCCCGAAUGGGUACUCAGCGAAUAUGGUCUCUACAGCUUCUCCAUGGUCAUUGUGCCCCUAUACGACACGCUGGGACCCGACGCCUGUCGCUACAUUAUUAAUCAAACCGAAAUGUCGCUAGUUAUCUGCGACAAUGAGGAAAAAUGCAAAUUGUUACUCAAUAAACCUCCCGACUGCCUCAAACAACUGGUCCACAUCAAACCCAUCUCGAAAGAGACGGUUGAAUUGGCCAAACGUAAAAACAUCAACAUAUUGAGCUUCGAAUGUGUCCAGAGAAUUGGCGCUGAAAGGAAACACACUCCCAUGCCACCCAAACCUGAGGACUUGUGCACCAUUUGCUACACUUCCGGAACAACUGGGAACCCCAAAGGUGUUAUGCUGACGCACGAAAACGUAGUCUCGAACGCCAGCUCCGUCCUGCUCCAAUUGGGUGACGAGAAACCCAAUAAAACAGACGUCAUGAUCUCCUUCCUCCCCUUGGCCCACAUGCUGGAACAUAUUUCCCAUGUAGGUGUCUUCAUGGGGGGAGGAGCUAUCGGUUUCUUUAGUGGCAAUAUCGCCAAUUUCAUGGAUGACAUGAUCGCCCUUAAACCUACAAUUAGCCCGGCCGUCCCUCGUCUAUUCAACCGCAUUUACGACAAGGUCCAAAGUGGCCUGAGCCAUUCGCCGCUGAAGCGCUUCCUCUUGAACGCGGCCCUCAGCUCCAAGGAAACCGACCUCCGACGUGGAAUCGUGGGGAAAAACACUGUCUGGGAUAAACUUGUUUUGAAGAAAGUUCAAGACAGCAUGGGCGGACGCAUCCGAUUGAUCAUUGUCGGUUCAGCUCCACUAGCUGGAGCUGUCUUGAAUUUUAUGCGUUGCGCCCUGGGCUGCAUCAUCCUGGAAGCUUACGGACUGACGGAAUGUGCUGCCCCCACCACUCUCAGCGUUCACGGAGACUAUACUACAGAUCAUGUUGGUGCGCCGCUACCAUGCUGCGCAAUUAAACUGAUUGACGUACCCGAUAUGAAUUAUUACGCCGCCAGUGGCUGCGGAGAAAUUUGUAUCAAGGGCACCAAUGUCUUUAAAGGUUAUUUUAAGGAACCGGAGAAGACCAAAGAGACUUUAGAUAAGGACGGUUGGCUUCACACUGGUGACAUCGGCACCUUUUUGGACAAUGGAACGCUUAAAAUCAUCGAUCGCAAGAAAAACAUCUUCAAGCUGUCCCAAGGCGAAUACAUUGCCCCCGAAAAGAUUGAGAGUAUUUAUAUCAAAAGCCAAUACGUGUCGCAGGCCUUCGUUCACGGCGAAAGCCUCAAGUCUUGCACGGUUGGAGUCAUCGUGCCAGACGUGGAAAGCGUCAAACGUUAUGCGGAAGAGCGCGGUAUUCCCGGUGCCCAUUCAGUCCUCUGCAACAUGCCUGAAAUCAAGCAGCUUAUCAUGAACGACAUCACAGAUCUGGGGAAAAAAGGCGGUCUGAAAUCCUUCGAACAGGUCAAAGAUAUCUACUUGCACCCAGACGCCUUCUCCGUGCAGAAUGGCUUGUUGACACCGACACUCAAGUCUAAACGCUCUGAACUUCAUUCCUUCUUUAAAUCCCAACUCGAGUAUGUGUACCGCAAAUUCAACUAGGAACGAAACCGCACCGACUGUCUGGUUAUCAGUUGGGGCGUUUACGUAAUCAUAUUUGUAGUACAAUAUUGUAUUUUACCAUAUAAAUCUAAUAAUAUUGCUCACCCUAUAUCGUAUGGAAAUCUGUAUCUCAUACUGACUAAUUUUCUUUUUCUCUAGUAUUUUGAAAGACCCUUUGUAAUUUAGACUUUGCUCUAAGAUUAAAUCCCCCCCCCCCCCCCGAAAACAGUCCAAGAAAGAUUUGCCCUUUUAGCACAAAACAUGGUCAGCAUACGAUAUGAGCAAAGACGGCAAUCUGUUUGAUGUACUAAACAUUUUUUAAAAUUAGAAUAACUUUCAGCUUAGCUUUUGGUGUUAUUGAAGCAUGCUCUUCUUUGCCAUAAGCGUUGAUAUUGGAUACAUUUUCCUUGUGGACCCCAAAUAAUGAAUUAACCAAAAACGAGAGCAUGCGUUUCUCAUAUUACUAAAAAAAAAGUCGAUUAAAAGAAGAUUUAUCUUUCCUGUCCUAUUAUCUUCUUUCCUUCUAUUUUCUUCAAAAGUCUAAAAUGACCGGCCCCAAUGACCCAUCCAACUCCCAAGUUGCCAAGUUUAUAUCAACGUACAUCUCGCGAUAGUUGUUUGGCUCGCAAGAAAACUAAAGUCGGGGGAAUUCGAAGAAUGUAAUUCCCAAAAAACCAUUCACGUGAACAGUAUUUAUGGGAGACGGUAUUUUUCGCGAUAGCAAUUAAGUGAUGUCAAGUAUUUCUAAAAGUUUCCCAAAUAACGUUUUU